GCAUAGCAAUAUUUGCUAAUCUUUUAAAACAUAUAGCAAUGAAGGUUCAUGAGUUUUCUAAUGGAUUUUCUUCUUCGUGGGAUCAACAUGACUCGACAUCAUCCCUUAGCCUAAGCUGCAAACGCCUCCGUCCUCUCGCCCCGAAGCUUUCCGGCAGCCCUCCCUCCCCUCCUUCUUCUUCCUCCGGCGUCACUUCCGCCACUUUUGACCUCAAAAGCUUCAUUAGACCUGAUCUAACCGGUCCGACAAAGUUUGAACACAAACGAGACCCUCCUCAUCAAUUGGAGACGCACCCGGGAGGGACAAGGUGGAACCCGACUCAAGAACAGAUAGGGAUACUUGAGAUGUUGUACAAAGGUGGAAUGCGUACACCUAACGCUCAACAGAUCGAGCAUAUCACAUCGCAACUCGGUAAGUACGGGAAAAUCGAAGGGAAAAAUGUGUUCUAUUGGUUCCAGAACCACAAAGCCCGCGAGAGACAGAAGCAGAAGAGGAACAACCUCAUCAGCCUAAGUUGCCAAAGCAGCUUCACGACCAAUGGUAUCUCUAACCCGAGUCUAACAACGAAGACAAGAACAUCAUCGUCACUAGACAUUAGGGUAGAUGAAGUCAUGAAGAUGAGGCAGAAAAUUGUGGAAUUCUUAUGUAGAUCUGGUUUAGGUUCAGAGGAAGCAAUUGGUAUCUAGAAAUAAAAUAAAAAUAAGAAUAAGUCUCUAAAACUACAAAAUCUACUUAAGAAUUCCCUUAUUAAUCUGCGAGUUUGAUGUAUCUUGUGUAGAUUAUUUUUGUGAUGUAACCUUAAUGAUGAAUGCUUAGUUUAGCUCAUCUCUUUUCAUCUUUGUUCUUAACAAAUUCACUCGUCAUUA